GAUUAAACCACACCGAUAUGAUUUAAAUUGAAUUGAUUUAAUUAUCACAUAAUAAUAAAUUUGAUUGGUUUAAAUAUUUUAUUAAUCGAUUAAAUUGAAUUAAUUUAAAAAAUAAUAAAAUCCAAACCAAAUCACAUCAUCAACAUCCCUACUGGUCACCAGAACCCUCCCGCACCGCAUAUUGCCAAUGGCAAAAUGUCUCUUGUGACAGUUCCAAGCACGUAUUCAAAAUAAACCUCACGGAUAUGUCUCUCACUUAUCUUUUACUGCCUGAGUUCUCCUGUCUCCCUCAUCUCAAUACGCUCGACCUCUCAUAUAACUACCUAAUCGGUUCUCCUCCUUCUCUAGCCAACCUCAAAGCCUUGCGGGUACUCCAUUUAGACCACAACAGAUUCACCAAAAUAUCAACAUCUUUCUUCCAAGACCUCCCUCAAACUUUGGAGUGUUUCUCACUUAGUAAUAAUCCUUUUCUAGCUUCCUGGACAAUACCAGGUGAACUGGCAAAGUUUGAAAGGCUUACCGAAUUCAAUGCCUCCAACGCAAACGUUACAGGUAAGCUCCCUAAUGUUUUUGGUUCCGUUCCUGUAAUGAAACUAGACAUUUCUUACAAUACUUUGACAGGUUCUCUCUCAGCCACAUUUAAGACAUCCAAGAUUAGGGAAUUGCAGCUUCAAUAUCAGAAGGUUGGACUUUCAGAUUCGAUCCAUUUAUGGUCCAGCAGGACAAUUCUGAAUUUGGUUUCUCUACAGGGAAAUAACCUUACAGAUCCUAUCCCAGAUUUAUCCAAUUCCAUGAUCCCUACUAGGGAUGUCAACGGCGCCCCGCGGGACAGGAGAGUCCCUCCCCAUCCUCGUCCCCGCGAGUUGGAGAAAGAUGUUGCGAAGAUACAUCUUGGGAAUCAACAGUUUGGUGGGACUAUUUCUCCACGUUUCUGUAAUUUCAUCUGGUUGACAGAUUUGAACCUGAAAGACAAUAAUUUGACAAGUCAAAUUCCUGAUUGCUUGGCAAAGCUAUCUCAUCUUCAGUUCCUCGAUGUUUCCAAUAAUAAUCUGAAUGGAGUUAUCCCAUCAUUUUCAUCAUCUGUGAAAGUAAAUACAUCUGGAAACCCUUUACUCGUGCCCCCUUGCCACCCUCCUACAGCAAGCCCUCUAGUGACUCCCACCAAUUAGUUCGCGGAUGAUAGGCCUAACAUGUUCACUGUAGCGUCAAUGCUCAGUAAAGAAACUGAGAAACUAGCUACUCCUAAGCAACCUGCAUUCACCGAAAGGAAAGCAACCGUAGGGAAGUCUCAGUCAAGUCAAAAAAAGAUAUGUUCAGUCAACAAUGUCACUAUAUCUAUUGUUGAAGGCAGAUAGCACGCAAGUUCUCUUUUUUUUUUCGGCAUUUACAGUGGAACGGAUGAUAGAGAGCAAGCUAGUUUUUGAAAGAAAGUUUGGGUGCUGUAAAUUGCUGUAUAUUCUUCUUCUUCUUCUUCUUUUUUGUUGAAAUAAAUUUAAUACAAUAAU